CAGCCAUGUUUGAUUUGAUUACGCCGUCCUGGCUGCCACAAGCGGAUUCGGCACUUCUUUUGCUCCUUUUUUUCCGGCUUCUGGACACCCUGAAACGUCCGCGUUCGCUCCAUUACACGGCGAACCCGCCACCAAAGUCCAUACGAAUCCAUCCACCGUGACGGGCGUCCCCGAGCGGUACUCAAAGAUGAAUCCCGAAUAUGACUAUUUAUUCAAACUGCUGCUGAUUGGAGAUUCCGGCGUUGGAAAGUCUUGUCUGCUGCUUCGCUUUGCAGACGAUACGUACACAGAGAGCUACAUCAGCACCAUCGGCGUGGACUUCAAGAUCCGGACCAUCGAGCUGGACGGGAAGACCAUCAAGCUGCAGAUUUGGGACACGGCCGGCCAGGAGCGCUUCCGCACCAUCACGUCCAGCUACUACAGAGGCGCGCACGGCAUCAUCGUGGUGUACGACGUCACCGAUCAGGAGUCGUUCAACAACGUGAAGCAGUGGCUCCAGGAGAUCGACCGCUACGCCAGCGAGAACGUCAACAAGCUGCUAGUGGGCAACAAAUGCGACCUGACCACCAAGAAGGUGGUGGACUACACCACGGCCAAGGAGUUUGCCGACGGCUUGGCCAUCCCCUUCCUGGAAAGCAGCGCCAAGAGCGCCACCAACGUGGAGCAGGCCUUCAUGACCAUGGCGGCCGAGAUCAAGAAGAGGAUGGGCCCCGGCGCCGCCGCCGCCGGCACCGAUAAGUCCAACGUCAAGAUCCAGAGCAAGCCCGUCAACACCUCGUCCGGAGGCUGCUGCUGAUCUGGCGGCCGGCGAGCUCGCCACAAGGAGCUUUGAGACGGUGCGUGGAGACGCAACGCAACAAAUUGGACACCCGAGUCAGCAAUAGCACGGGAGCUGGCUGGCAGUCUGCUUUUUUUGUCUUCACACACACACACCUGUGCAGGUCCUCUUUUUAAUCCACACAUAC